AUGACUUACGAUGCGCUAUUGUAUAUGCUCAAAUAUGAUCAAAUAUUAAUUGCAGCAGAUUUCAACGCACGAAUAGGAAAUCUAUCUGAUAUUCUUGCCGAAACAGACUCAGUACCAAUGAGAAGUUCGAUUGAUAAAUGCAUAAAUCAACAUGGCCGAGAUUUCAUUGACUUCUUAAACGACUCGCGAUUUUGUGUAUUAAAUGGAAGAUUUGAUAAAGAAGAUAAUUUCACUAGUAUUUCCGGUAGGGGAAAGGCCGUGGUUGACUAUAUUUGUGUACCACAAGAUACAAUACAAUAUUGUAACUCAUUCGAAGUAAUCCCCAUGCAAACAAUAAUAGAUGAAAAUAACCUUCACGGAUAUCUGGGUCAAAGAGCGCGACUUCCAGAUCACUCUGUCCUACUGAGCACGUUUUAUACAAGUGAGUCAAAGCGGUUAAAUUCUAACGAUUUACACGGAGGUGAACGUGAAAGACAAUCGAAACCUAAAUACAAGCUAGACAAAAUACCCCAUAACUUUAUGCAAAGUGAAAUAUCUCGAAUUGCGAUAAAUGAAAUUAUUACUGCAAUUCAGUCAUCCAGAAAAUCGCAAUCAGAAAUCGAUGAUAUUAAUUCAAAACUAUGUACCACUAUUAUAUCUGAAAUGCAAAAUACGAUACCUACUGUAAAAGCUACAAAUAGAUCGAAAAGACGCCACAAACACUGUAAACCAUAUUGGAAUGAGGACUUGAGUAUAUCAUGGAAAAAUAUGUGUGAUAAAGAGAGAGCGUUCUUAAAAUGCCACGAAUCUAGGUCAGUAAAGACAGCUAAAAGGGCAGAUUAUAUCGCAGCUAGAAAUCAGUUUGAUAAAUUACUACGACAGUGUGAACGCGCACACAGACAAUCGUUCGCUGCUGAUAUUGAAAACAUGUCAACGUCUAAUCCAAACGAAUUUUGGAACAAAAUAAACAGUUUUGGUCCUAGAAAAAAUAAUACGAUACCCAUGCAAGUACGGGAUCAGGAUGGAAAUAUCAUAUGUGAUGAGAAAAGUGUUUUGGAAAGAUGGAAAAUGGCCUUCUCAAACUUAUAUAAUGGAUGUAAUAGCGAUGAAUUUGAACAAGGUCAUUAUGAUCGCACUAAAAUGCAUAAACAUUUAAUUGAACUUGACAUAGCCGAUCCUCUCUACACAUCCAACUCCCAGUUAAACCACAAUAUCUCAAUUGAAGAAAUUUCUUCCGUAGUUAUGGCUACAGAAUCUAAAUCAGCCGCUGGCAUAGACAAUAUACCGUACGCUGUACUGAAAUUUCCACAAGUCAUAAAUGUGUUACACCAACUGUUUCAGCUAAUAUUCGAUAGUGGUCUGAUACCUUGUGAAUGGAGAAAGGCCGUUAUUUGCCCGAUACUUAAAGACGCAAAUUCUGAUAUCAGCGUUCCAUUAAACUACCGCCACGGUAUUAGUCUUCAAACAUGCAUAAGUAAACUGUACAGCUCUUUUAUAAAUCGACGGGUGUCUUCUUAUCUAGAAGAAAAUGACUGCCUAGCAGAGGAACAGAACGGAUUUCGUAAAAACAGAUCGUGCGAAGAUCAUGUGUAUACACUUAACACUAUUAUUAAAAAUAAUGAAAACACUUAUGCCGCAUUCAUUGACCUAAAAAAGGCCUUUGACUUUGUAGAUAGAGACAUGCUUCUGUAUAAACUCCUGCGGCUGUAUAAACUCCUGCGGUCGGGCUUAGACGGAAAAAUUUACACUGCAAUAAAAUCAAUGUACGAACAAACAGUUUCAUGUGUACGUAUCAACAAUAUAAUGACUCAGUGGUUCGACUGUAAAAAAGGCGUGGUUCAGGGAAAUUCGCUGUCGCCAACACUUUUUGCCGUUUUCAUAAACGAUUUAGUAGCAGAAAUAAAUUCCCUUGAUCUUGUGUUUCAAUAG